ACGAGGACAGGAGACGCGUCCUGAUUGUAGGGACCGAAGCAGGUCAAGGCAGUGUUCAACAGACCCGAGUACUACCCUGACCAAUUAAUUGGCACUACAGUUACGCGCGUCGUCGCCGCUCGGAGUGCAAGUAGCAGCAGACGAUAUUAGCAGACGAGAAGCUGCUUUAAAACGAGGACGAGGAGCGCAGUAAAUGGAGUGUAACUCGCUCCCCAGUAACAAGAUCCCUACCAAAUCGGGCUGAUGGCACUCCACCUGGUUCACUAGUCGCUUCCAGAUCAUCUCUCACCGGAACUGUGGUCACAAUAGUGGAAGCAAAAUGCUGGGGAUGAUACGGUGUGGAUGCAGUUUACUAGGGAUUAUCACUGUCCUAUUGGCGUCUUGUGAGGGCUUGAGCCUAAACAUCUCGUCUCUUCUGGUGCCUCCGUACCUGCGGCGGGUGAGCGGCGUCGCCGGAUCCAGCGACCCCAAAAACUAUGAGGGGUUCAUGAAGGAUGUCCUGGACGAGAUGAGCAAGCUCGUGCCAUUCAACUACACACUGCACGUCCCCAGUCACGGGAUAUUUGGGACUCUCCGGAAUGGAACGUGGGACGGCAUCGUCGGUGAAGUCGUCAAUUAUGAAGUUGACAUGGCAGCAGCCCCGCUGACCGUGACGUCCACGAGGACGGAAGCUGUGGACUUCUCAAUCCCCAUCCAAAACUUUGGUCCCGUCAUUGUAAUGAAAAAACCAACGUCCUAUCAACCGAGUUUGGGAGAUCGUUUGUCACGUGUCUUCACGCCGCUUGACCAGAGUGUAUGGCUCCUGUCCAUCCUCGCCUACCUCGCCGUCAGCACCAUCGUCUACGUCAUCUGUCACUGCAACCCCUACGAAUGGCGGCGGAUGGCGAAGGACGGCGAAGCUACUGUUCGGGAAGCGGAGUCAUUCACCUGCUACAACUCGUUCUGGUUCCUUCUCAGCGCAUGGGCCUGGCAAGGUUACGUUCGGGCGCCACGGUCUUUAGGGGGGCGAAUCGUCGUGAUGUCGUGGUGGGUGUACAUCAUGAUGUUUGUGUUGACGUUCACGGCCAGUCUCACCAACAUGUUGAGGAUGGGCCCGACUCCAGAAGACGUCAGGGAAUUCACAAGAAUUCGCAGCCUCGAUGACCUCACGAAACAAACAGAUAUCGAGUUCGGCAUGCUCCAGCACGGAUCAACAUACCAAUAUUUUGAGAACGCCAAAGUUCCAAAUUUAAUACGUAUACACGAGAUGGUGCGGGAGAAUCCCGACGUUCUAGAGAAAACUAUAUCAGACGGGAUAAAUCGAGUUAGGACGUCAUGGCGGAAAGACUAUGCCUUUAUCAUGGAAUCAGCCAUGGCGAAGUACUAUAGUAAACAAGAACCCUGCGACUUGUUUUUCGUGGGAGAUUUUACAACUACUAGUUCAUACUCAUUUGCGUAUAGUAAAAAUUGGAAGCACGCGAAGGAGCUGGAUAUAGCAAUUCUUCUUCUCCGGGAGAACGGGAUCUUACGUUUGAUCGAGGAGAAGUGGUUUGCUGGUAAAUGUGACGGCUUCAUGAUCAACCCGUCCCAAGACGACGUCUUCAACCUCCCACCCUACUACACCGUGGACCUGGGGUCGUUCUCAGGGGCACUCAUUCUGCUGCUGAUUGGGGUGUUGCUGGGAGCUGUCGUUACUAUCGCGGAGGUGGUCAUAUACAGGAAGGUGGAGCUGCCAAAGACAGAGGCACGACGAGAGCUGGUGGCUGACAACCAACAACCCUUAUCCCAGACAGCACAGACAAAAGUUUAAACCAAACCCUAUACAACUACCCCGAAUAACAAUACUCUAUCAGAAACAACCUAACGAUGGUGCUUACGUUAAGACAGCAACCAGAUUUUACGGGUAUAACUACCCGCGCCCAGUAUUACAAGCUGAAACUACCCCCGCAUCUUAAAACAAAAAACAAAACGUUGAAUAUAAUUGUUUGUACGGUUUUGUUUACCCAUUUUGACAUAAAAAAGAAGCGCUGGGUUUUUUUUUUGUUUCCUUCCACCUAAUAAGUAUUGCAAGGGAAGUUUUCUCUCCUUUCUUGCUCACUGUAAAUCAUUCUUGAGAAACAUAAUUGUCAGAUAUCUUUCAGUGCUGUUUGUAGAUGUGACGUGGAACGUCCACAUUAUCACAUCAAGUUAAGCACCGGUAGUAACAUGAAUACCCAUCUUCAUAGGGGGUAUUAUUGAAACAGUUUUGUCAUGAAAACAUUGAAGGAGUCUUAGAAUGCGUCUGUUUAAAUUGGUUUUAAUAUUUGACAAUGCACUCUUGUCACCUUCAGACAACUGGCUUGAAUUGCUACUUAUAUAGAACUACAGACGAAACAUUGUCCAUACCCCUAUGCCCACGGUCUUCUCACAUCUGCCUCUAUCUUGCUUGGUCAGCACUGCUGCAUUGUACCCCCAGUCCAAAUGUCCUAAGCAUCACAUAGAAGGAAAUCCGCACCCAUCACAGCAAGGGGUGUCAUCUGCGUUAAAUGUUGAUGCAUUCUAGACAUACCAGUUUCGUUUAAGAAAGACCCCAUAAAUUCACAAUAAAUUAUGUGUUCAUCAGAGUAACUUCAUCAUUUUAUUGGUUAAACAGUAAUGUUAAUAGUAACUUUCUGAAUAUGAAAUUGCGUGAAUUGCGUGUUCAUAUAAAGUAGAUUAUUUACCACUAACUCUCAGAAGCAGAGAACCAAGUUUUGAAAAAUCAUUACAGUUUGUUUUUCUGCCUUUGACAUCUGGUAAGAAGAAACAUUUUUUUUCUUUCAAAACAAUGUGUUGCCAUUCUUCCAAAAAUAAAUGGGCGACAAAAUCCAAAGAACCAAGAAUUAAUUGUUUAUGGUGUAAUUAUAUUUUAAGGUGAACCAUUCUUCAGUGUCAGAUUUGGACUGGACACAGUGCAGUGGCGCUCACUUGACUUCUCCGCUUCUAAUCCUUUACGCCCUUGUAGCUCCUGGUGUUUCUGAUCUAAUCACUAAUCCUUCACUUGUUUCCAGACAUCUCUAAUCACUGCUUCUCUCAGCAUGAAUCAGUAUAGUGUUGAUUAGUUGUCACCUAAUCAUGACAUCGUGUGACCAUUGAUUGGCCUUUCUUGUGACGCUUGUAGAGAAUGAAGGUUGGCACCAACCGAUGGCCAGGGCACGAGCACGUUCAAGCCUCUAGCGUCGAGGAUCUAUUAAUGUAGUGAAUUCAUGGUGUGGUCAAGCAUCGCGAAAAAUAGGGGAGAAAUGCCUCUGCAUGAAUUUAUAAAUAGUUGCAGUUAAAAAUAGUCUUUCAAACAUGACAAUGAAGGCUUCAAUUAACAAGCAUGUGUGCGUUUGUUGUGUGUGUAGGGGUGCGUGUGUGCGCGUGUGUGUAUGAGUGUAUGCAGUGCCCAGUGUGCUUCACGCCUACCACCAGUGGCGUUAGCAGCAGAGCAUAUACAUCUUUAUUAUGAAUAACUAUCAGCUGUAAGUCUUGUCAAUGUACAUGGCUACAAUUGAUUGUCUGGUCCCUGGCACGGUUAUAUUACACAUUGAGUAUGUUUAGGUGUGGUUUGUGAGACGGCGAUGGUCUGAUUCGGAAUUCGAGAAAUAUUUAAAUUUUAACUUUCCUUUUUCAAAGACAAAUUACUAAUUUACUUCUUCAGGAAUACUCUAGUGACGGGAGCGAGAUGGAACAGCAGAACUCAUAAAACUCACCAUCGGCGUCAUGAAAGACCCUCCAUGCACGGAUUCCCUUCAAUCAGUAUUUUUCACGAUAAAAAAAACUCUUUCAUACUAACAUUUCUAAUUUUAUGCAUCUGUUUGCCUUAUCAUGUAUCUGUAUAAAAAUGUUUCAUAUUCACUCUCAUGACGCAUGGAAUGACAUUUCUAGUUUUUGUGUACCCGCAUCAUCGCAGCAUCACAUGCCUGGUGUGAAAUGUACUCUAUUGUCGUCAUGGCAACCAGUCUAUAUAUACAUAACAUCAGUCAGAAUCAUCUGUUCUUUGAGAACCAAAGGCAGCAGUUGUCAACAUAGUUAGAAAUAACAUCAAUUUUCGAAAAGGAAUUCAAUAUAGAAAACUUUGGAGGCCUUGAGUACUAUUACUGGUUUUUCUUCUCUUAAUGAUUCGGUGUUUACGAACCUCAUUCAUUAUGUAUAUGGUUGCAUUUUUUGUUCGGUAUUCUUCUCGAUCGAACCCCGAGCCAUUCCAACUGUAUAUCAAUACCGCAUGUGGUAACGUUCUUUUGGUCGUCACUGUUGGUCAACCAAUCCUUUAACGCAAAAAGUGAAAAAUGACAAAAAUAGCAAUCAACCUACCUCGACCCUAACUAUAGCUGGAAUAUUGCUGAGUGCGGCGUAAAACAAAACUCACUCACUCACUUGACACUAACUUAGAAUGGUUGAAACAGGAAACAAACAACAUUGUCUGGCCUGAACUGAAGCAAUAGCUCGACUGUAUCAUUCUUCAACCAGACCAGGCUGACGAUCUACACUGGCGGGUAAUAGAAGGUAUACGCCCAUGUUUAAUGAGAAUAUAAAUAAUGAUUUUUGGAUGGGGAUAUACAUUUUAUUUGAUAAGAGUAUCAUAUUGUGUUUUGGACCAAGGUUUGCAGCGUUUUGACGAAUGUUUUCAGUCUAGUAACGUUUUCAUAAUGUGAAUGAUAUUUGGGAUGAAACUCGGUUUUCGAAGCGUAGUGGGGUAGCCUAGUGGUUAAGGCGUUGGCCCAGGUUCGAUUCCCCACAAGGGUAUAAUAUGUGAAGCCUAUAUUGCUGGAAUAUUGCUAUAAGAGGCGUUAAACCAUACUGACUCACUGGAAGCGUAUACUUUCUGUUUCCUUGCAGUCUAGAUCCAGCAAGGAGUCUAGGGUAGAUCUGGUCCAAUCUGAGGCGACGAAAUGGAUCGAAAUGUUUUAUAUCGUAUUCUAUCCAUCGUAACGUAUAAUACGUCCAACCAUGAAUGUGUUGUCUGAAUGUCAGUAUUAUUGAUAUAUUGGCACUGAAAGUCAAUUGUGUCAUAACAAAAUCUUACAAGGUUGGGGCUCUUUACCUUGGACCCGUUCUACAAAGCGGUCUUAGGUCUAAGGUGAUUGUAACUCACAUACCUUAACGUAGACUUACGAAAGCCCUAAGAUCCCUUUGUAGAACAGUCCCAAGCAUAUAUCAGAAUGUUGGAAGACUUUGCGUCCUGAGAAUUAUAUCUACAAGCGUCUUACCCAUUGUUCUGAGAUUCACAUGACGCUCGUAACAUUGGUCAAAUGAGAGUUAUCUCCCUUUGUUGUCAAUAUCUUAGACUAGGCCCAACAAAUUGAUUAUAGGUACGUGGGAAUCGCCUCUUUGUUUUGAUAUAUUUUUAUGGGUAUUGUUAAUUGUAGUACGUGAACGAUUAUCCAUAUGUAUUAAAGAUAUGGACUGAUUCAGAUCUUCUUUGAGAGGCAUUUCAGAAGUUGUGAACAGUCCAGAUCUGUUUUUGAGGAGGUUGCCAUUGUGUCACAGACACUGUGUAAAUAUAUCCGCAGAUUCGCCACUAAUAUGCUCAAUUUGUUCUGGCCCAUUGUUUGUACAUACUUUGAGAGACCGCAUCCUGGUGAAAGGGAGUGAGGUUACUUGUUGUAUUUAUUUAUGACGAUAUUUGUUUAUGCCUUUAACAACUUUAAUGAGAUAUGUGUGGUGGUUUGUCGUACCCUUUUGAAAUAAAAUGUUUAAAGGCG